AUGCGAGUGCUACGCACCGGUCUGACCCUGGCGCUUGGCGCCGGGCUGGGCGUGGCCGCAGAGUGCUGGCGGGGGCGGCGGGAGACCACGCAGGCAGCGCCAGGACUCCUGGGUCGGCUACCCGUGCUGCCUGUGGCGGCGGCGGCCGCGCUCCCCGCGGUGCCCUCGGGACCGGCGAGCGGCGGCCCGGGCGAGCUAGCCAAGUACGGACUGCCGGGAUUGGCACAGCUCAAGAGUCGCGAGUCUUACGUGCUGUGCUACGACCCACGAAUUCGCAGCGCGCUCUGGGUGGUGGAGCAGCUGCGUCCGGAGCGGCUCCGUGGCGAGGGCGACCGAAAAUCGUGUGACUUCCGCGAGGACGACUCCGUGCACGCGUACCACCGCGCCACCAACGCCGACUACCGCGGCAGCGGCUUCGACCGGGGCCACCUCGCUGCCGCUGCCAACCACCGCUGGAGCCAGAAGGCUAUGGACGACACCUUCUACCUGAGCAACGUAGCGCCCCAGGUGCCCCACCUCAACCAGAAUGCCUGGAACAAUCUGGAAAAGUACAGCCGCAGCUUGACCCACACCUACCAAAAUGUCUAUGUGUGCACGGGGCCGCUCUUUCUGCCCAGGACAGAAGCUGAUGGGAAGUCCUACGUGAAGUACCAGGUAAUUGGCAAGAACAAUGUGGCAGUGCCCACACACUUCUUCAAGGUGCUGAUCCUGGAGGCAGCAGGUGGGCAAAUUGAGCUCCGUUCUUAUGUGAUGCCCAACGCACCUGUAGAUGAGGCAAUCCCACUGGAGCGCUUCCUGGUACCCAUUGAGAGCAUCGAGCGGGCCUCAGGGCUACUCUUUGUGCCAAACAUCUUGGCACGGGCAGGCAGCCUCAAGGCCAUCACAGCUGGCAGCAAAUGAGGGCGGUGGCCGACCAAAACUGGAAUUAUGGGACUGGGUUGCAUUAAAGUUGGUUAUUUUUG